AUGGCUUUCAUUAAAAUAUGCUUUACAUAAAUAUAUCCUAUUUUUUAUAUUUGAAUAGUCAAUUUUGACGGCUUAAACCUAGAGUAAAAUGUAAAAUUAGUUUAGUUUAGAUGGUUUUAAAAUGUGUGGACAAAAUAUAUACCUGUAUGGAAGUGCAAAGCUGUUAGAGGUAAUGUGAUGUGAUGUUUUAAAGGUAUUGCAAUUAGCUAAUGUACUUUUUUUAUUCUUUUCAUGUAUAAUGUUAGAUAAAAUGUUCCAUCAAUUGAAAUACAAGAUCUUGUCAGUUUUUUCUUUAACUGUCAUAGUUAAAAGGUUUAUAAUGUAAUACUACUUUGACCUAUUGUGGUUAAGCCCAACUAAAAACUAAACUUGUAUUGACAGAUUUAUAUUAUUUUUAAGAUUUGUGGUUCCUAGUUGUGCAUUCACAGCACUGCUGCUGGCUGCAGCCUGGGCAGACCACCACCACCACCACUACCACAGCCAAGAGGGAGAGAUGAGCUGCCAUAAGCUGUUCCCUCACAAUACUGACUUUGCCUUUGUUCUCUAAAAAAGUGUGAAUGCCAAAGCUGCUGCUGGAAAGAACAUCUUCUACUCACUGCUGAGCUCCACCACCACCAUGUCCAUGCUGUCUAGAGGGGUCUGUGGUGAAACCCAUAGCCAGCUGUUCUCUAGCUUGGACUACAGCAUCUUCAACCAGACUCAGGUCUACGAAGCAUACAAGCAUCUUUUCCUCAUGCUGGGCCACAGCCAGGAGAGUCAACAGCUGGAUGUCGGCAACGGCAUGGCUCUGUUACUCAAUGUUGACUUCACCAAACCUAUUGAGGCUGCAGCUGAGAUCAAGCUGACACACAUUGCUGAUAAAACUCAGGGCAGGAUCAAAGAUGUAGUGAAUGACCUGGAUGCUGAUGUAGCCGAUCAACUCUUUCUACUUUAGCAUGGGAGAUCCUCUUCAACCUUGCCCAGACACACAUUCAGACUUCCAUGUGGAUGAGACCAACGAGUUAAGGUGGACGUGAUGAAGAGGAUGCUGAAUCAUCAUGCUGGCCUAUAAGGGCGGCACCUUCAUGAUCACCGUCCUGCCUGAUGAGGGCAAGAUGAAGGAGGUGGGGGGGCUACAUCAUCAGCUGGCAAGACUCAUUCUCCACGAGGUACGUGGAUCUGUCCCUGCUAAUAAUGUAUCAUCCCUGCAGAGGCCUCAUUGGAAGAAAUGGAUCACUGGGACUACUGUUACUUUUGAGAACAGCGCUGAUUUCUCUGGCAUAUCUCAUGAGGUCGAUAUCAAAGUCUCAAGGCAUCUCACAAUGCUCUGCUGAGCGAGGAUGAAAAAGGAACAAAGGCAGCAGCCAAUACCACCGUCACGAUCGUGCCCGACGGUCUGCCUGAAUUCAUCAAACUCAACAGACCCUUCUUGGUCUUCAAAAUGGAGAAGUCGACCUGCAGGAUCCUCUUCAAGGGCUAAAUCAACAAUCCCAAAGCCAUGCAGAGAAAUGUGCUAGGAUGAUAAGAAUUGUGAUCGUACGACAUCAUUAGGAUCUUUUCAUGAUCAGAGUCAUUGAAUCUUUACAUCAUACUGAUAUUGUAGCUGGAAAUGUGCUUCUACAUUUGUAUGUGUCUUUGCACAUACACUGUUUGUGUGUGUGUGUGUGUGUGUGUGUGUAUGUGUGUCUGUGUGUGUGUCAUUUUAACUUAAAUUUAAAUAUUCCUUCUUUUCUCCUUUAGAUUUGAGCUCCCUCUAUUUGAGCUCCAUUCAGGCAGUGUAGCAGAUAUUUCCUUGUAUACCUGUACAAUGACAAUAAACUAUUCUAUUUUA